AUGGCAGCAUUUUCCCUUGCCGUAACCGGCGUCGCGGUGAUCUUCUGCCUUCUUCUCCCCUCUUCCUCGUCAUCUUCCUCUUCUUUACCCAUCUGCGUCGCCAGGAUGCAGGACCAUGUCAGAAUGGUGUACCACUUCCAGCCGGCUAAGAACUGGCAUAACGGGCCCGUGUACUACAACGGCAUGUAUCACCUGUUCUACCAGUACAACCCACACGGCGCGCUCUGGGACGUCGGCAACCUCUCCUGGGGCCACUCCGUCUCCGGCGAUCUCGUGAACUGGGCCGACCUCGGCAACGCGCUCGACCCGACGGCGCUCUUCGACGCCAACGGCUGCGCGUCAGUGUCUGUCACCAUCCUCCCCGACGGCAACCCCGUGAUCCUCUACUCCGGCAUCGACGCCGACCGCCGGCAGGUCCAGAACAUCGCGUUCCCCAAGAACCCGCUCGACCCGCUCCUCCGCGAGUGGGUCAAGCCCAGCUACAACCCCGUCGUCCCGCUCCCCGCCGACGUCUCGCCGGACAACUCUCCACCGUCGCGUGGCUCGGACAACUUCAUCCGCUGGGAGCGCGGCGCCGCGUCGCGGGACGCUGUGAUGGCCGAGUGCCCGGACCUGUUCCCCGUCGCGCCGCGCGGCGCGGCGGAAGGGCUCGACACGUCGGCGCGCGGCCCCGGCGUGAGGCACGUCCUCAAGGUGAGCAUGCCGGACAAGCUCCAGGACUACUACGCCGUCGGGCGGUACGACGACGAGACGGACACGUUCACCCCGGACGAGGAGGACGCGCGCGGCGGCGGCGGCGACUACCGGAGGUGGCGGAGGAUCGACCACGGGCACCUGUACGUGUCCAUGACGUUCUUCGACGCGCGCAGGAACCGGCGGGUGCUGUGGGCGUGGGUGAACGAGUCCGACAGCGAGGCCGACGACGUCGCCAGGGGGUGGUCCGGCCUCCAGUCCUUCCCGCGGGCGCUGUGGCUGGACGCCGGCGGGAGGCAGCUGGUGCAGUGGUCCGUCGAGGAGAUCGAGACGCUGCGGAGGAGGCGCGCGGACCUGGUGGACGCGGAGGUGGAGGCCGGCGGGCUGCGGGAGAUCGGCGACGUCGAGAGCUCGCAGGCGGACGUGGACGUCGUGUUCGAGGUCCCGAGCCUCGUGCGGGCCGAGGGCCUCGACCCCAGCCGGCUGCUGGACGCCGACGCGCUGUGCGGGGAGAAGGGCGCCUCCGUGCGAGGCGGGGUCGGGCCGUUCGGGCUGCUGGUGAUGGCGUCCGGCGACGACCUGCGGGAGCACACCGCCGUGUUCUUCAGGGUGUUCAGGAUCCUCCACGAGUACACCGUCCUCAUGUGCACGGACCUCACCAGGUCCUCCACGAUGGCAGGGGUGUACAAACCAAUGCAUGGAGGAUUCGUGAACGUGGACAUAGAGAAAGAGAGCAUAUCGGUAAGAACAUUGAUCGACCACUCGAUCGUUGAGAGCUUCGGAGGUGGAGGGCGGACGUGCAUGACGGCCAGAGUGUACCCCGAGCACGUCGCAACAGGCAGCGGCCACCUGUACGUAUUCAACAACGGAUCGGAUGCGGUGAAGGUGCCCAAGCUCGAGGCCUGGGAGCUUGCCACUGCAAGCGUCAAUGUCGUAGCAGCUGAAGACGACGACGGCUUGGUUGCAUCCGGUAAAAUGUGCAAAAACGUGGCGUAUUAG